UAGGUUCUCAUGGAAAAUGCAUUCCGCUCGGGCCAUUGGCCAUCACACACUCCACUGCUGCCACACAGAACAGAGGAAGGGCACUGUUUUAUACCUGGUUGAUAAGGAACACGCUUCUGUGGUUAAUAUACCCCACCAAGCUGUUUCAUCUGUGGAUAUUGCUUGGAGAGGAGAGACAGAAGAGGGACGCUGGAGGAGACUGUGGAAUGUUGAAUUAGUGGAAUAAACACCUUUUGUAAAAACACCAUGAUGGAACAAUUGAGACUCAAUGGGAGUGGAAGAACGAUGACUCUACCUCCAUUACCUGAUGCAGUAGAAGGGUUGAUAGCUUGACUCCAGCCCCUCUUCCCCUCGCUGAGAGGCAGUUGGAGUAUGACAAUGAACCACAGGGGUACCCACCCCACUACCUGGGGCUGUCUCCUCACAGAAUGUCCCUGGUGGAUGAGAUGGAGGAGGAGUGCUUGUACACUGAGGAGGCUUUCAUCUGAUGUAUGGAAGCCUCUUGUGCCAUUACUCUGCUUUAGCGCCACCCUUGUGGUCGUGGUGUUAUAUGCCCUGGCAGAUCGGCUCCGCAGCUUUGUAGCUGACAUCUUCAUUCCCCAGUACCACUACCCAUUUGCUGUACCAAUCACCUUUUUACAGGUGCUGGUGACUCUGCUAUACUUGCUGGUCCUCCAUGCCAUUGGCCUGGCGCCACUGAAGCCCUACUCUUUGUCUCUGGGAGAGCGCCUGCUGGUGCCCUCUAUCUGUGGGAGUGCCCAGGCUGUGCUGGGUGUGUGGGCAGAGGCCAGUGCCCACUCUGGCAUGUACCCACUCACCAUGGGCCUGCUGCCCCUGCUCUGUGUGGGCUGGAGCCACUGCCUGCGACUGGCACUACUCCCAUCAGUCCACCUAACGGGCCUUAUCACAGUCAUCACUUUCACCUCCAUCACUAUCACAGUGUCUCAGGGUCUCCCGUCAGUGGAGGUUCUGGAGUGUCUUUACGCCCCACUGGCCCUCCUUCUCCACAGCCUCUCUCUGACCUGGCUGGCCAAGGUGGCUGAAAACGAGCACCGGCACCACAUCAGCUCCCACACCUCGCCCUUUGACCUGUACUUCACCCUGAUGGUGAACCAGAGCUUGGUGCUGGGCUUCCUGUGCCUGCUGCACCCGGAGGGCCCCCGGGCACUAGGCGAGGGUAGCUGGCAUAGCCUGCUGUUCAUGGGGUACCUGCUGGCCAUACUGCUGCUGGGAGCGCUACAGAAUCUCUUGGUCGACAUGGCUGCUCUGGCAUUCUCACCGCUGGCUGCAGCAAUACUUCACACGGCACGUGGAUUAACAAGACCUUUGUACAGCCUGUUGUAGAGAUCCAACAUAGAAGAGGAUGACGUUUAUUGUAGAGACUAGUCAGUCUGAAGUCAGUUUUGCAUUCCUCUUAAUGAUUAAAGGGAGGAUUUGUCAAGGAUAAUCUGAUCCUAGAUCUGUGCCAGGAGCAGGAUACAUAGUUUUACUACAGAGCAGUAUUAUUCAGUCUAGGAGCCAAGACUUCAACUCCCAUGGUGCAUCGCUUGGGACUUUAUUUACGUUUGCAUUUUGUUCCUAACCUUUGGGCUGGAUUGAUUUGAUUGUUAACUUCAACCAAAUAGGAAUUAUCAGGUGACUUGAAUCAAAUCCAAUCAAGCUUUAUUUAUACAGCACAUUUCAGACAUGGAAUGCAACGCAAUGUGCUAUACAAGAAAAAAAUUAAAAUAAUGGAAAUAAAAGCUGAAAUAUUUACUACACAACAAACAUAAGAUUAAAAAAAAUUAAGAAUGACACAAACUGAACGACUAAAAGGCACCCUAAGUCAAAGCAAAGCUAAAAAGAUGUGUUUUCAGAUCUCUUAAAUAUGUCCACAGUUUUGGUCCCCCUCAAGUUCUCUGGCAAGUUAUUCCAGAGGCUGGGAGCAUAAAGGCUGCCUCUCCAUUCCUCUUGGUCCCAGGCUUUGGGAUAGUUAAAAGGCCAGUGCCAGAGGACGUGAGGGACCUACUGGGUACAUAACUUAAAAGCAUGUCUGACAUUUUAAACAUGUCUAGCCAUUUUAAACAGCAUGGAUGAGUCGCUCUGUUGUUAUCAUCUAUGCAUAGUCACUUUAACUCUACCUACAUGUACAUAUUGCCUCAAUUACCUUGACUAACAAGUGCCCCCGCACAUUGACUCUGUACCGGUACCCUCCUGUAUAUAGUCUCGGUAUUGUUAUUUUACUGCUGCUCUUUAAUUACUUGUUACUUUUAUCUCUUUUUUAUUUUUAUUUUUUUAACUGCAUUGUUGGUCAGGGGCUUGUAAGUAAGCAUUUCACUGUAAGGUCCACACCUGUUGUAUUCAAAGCAUGUGACUAAUAUAAUUUGAUUUGACAUGUAUUGGCAUGCACAAUCUUGGAUUAAUAUAAAAAACAAUAAAAUAAUCUUAAAAUUCAUUCUAAAACUCACAGGCUGCCAGUGCAGACCUUAAAACUGAUAUAAUGUGUGCUCUCUGUCUGGUCUUGGUCAGUACCCAUGCUGCAGAAUUCUAUAUGUUUUGCAGGAUUUAUUUGGAAGACCAGACAGGAGAGCAUUACAGUAGUCUAGCCUGCUUGUAAAAAAAAAAGCAUGGAUGAGUCUCUCUGUAGCAACCUGAGAGAGAAACGGAUGCAGUUUGGCAAUGUUCCUCAGGUGGUAAAAAGCUAUUUUGGUCACAUUCUUAAUGUGUGAUUCGAAAUGUAGUUCAGAAUCUAAAAUAACACCUCGGUUUUGUACCUGCUGUUUUAUCUUUGCCUGUGAAUUAAAAUGCGUGACUAGA